AUGUCGCUCAUUAGAGAAUCACAACACCUCCAUGUACCCUUUAGAGAUAUUAAAUUCGCCACUAAAAACUUCACAACCUUGAUCGGAAGUGGUGGAUUUGGCAAUGUUUAUAAAGGAGAACUCUCACUUUCAGGUAAACUUACCUCUGUCGCUGUGAAGCGCCUACCAAUUAACAACCAUUCUGGUCAAGGUCUUAAGGAGUUCUUAACAGAGAUUCAAUUACUCUCCCGCUAUAAACAUCCAAAUCUAGUCUCCCUUCUUGGUUAUUGUGAUGAAGAUGAUGAGAAGAUCCUUAUUUACGAGUACGCAAGUUAUGGAAGCCUCGACAGGUACCUAACUAUGUCUAAUACCACGUUUCCACUCACAUGGAAGCAACGAAUCAAUAUAUGCAUUGAAGCAGCACGGGGUUUGGAUUAUCUUCAUAACCAUGUUGCAGAAAAUCAUAGAGUUAUCCACAGGGAUAUAAAGAGUGCGAAUAUUCUAUUAGAUCACAACUGGAAAGCUAUGAUUUCAGAUCUGGGUCUUUCCAAGAUAGGUCGUGCAAAUGAAAAUGAGAGUUAUCUCAUUACAAAUGUUGCUGGAACACAUGGGUAUUGUGAUCCUGUGUAUAGAAAAACAGGUAUCCUCACAAAAGAGUCGGAUGUUUAUUCAUUUGGGGUGGUGUUGUUUGAAGUCUUAUGUGGGAGGCCGUGCUUCAUGAACGUAGAUGGUGAAGAGCGAUUCUUACCCAAACUAGCUCAGACCUGCUACGAAAGAGGAAAUUUAAAUGAUAUAAUUGAUCAUGAUUUGAAGAAACAAAUGGCCUCAGAUUCCUUGAAUAUGGUCUCAAAGAUUGCAUAUCAGUGCUUGCAGAAUGAUCGGAAACAACGACCCUCAAUAGGAUUGGUGGUAGAGAAACUUGAGAAAGCUUUGGAUUUGCAAGUAAGUUCAAGCUUUGAUUAA